AUGCUAACCGCCCUACCAGCUGUUAUAUCUAAGUUCCGAGAGCGGGAAAUCGGUUUUGGCGCGGACAUCAAGGAGAUGUACCACCAGUUACGGAUUCGAGAUGAAGAUAAGCGAGUACAAAGAUUCCUGUUCCGGAACGAUUCGUCCGCGAAGCCGGAUGUUUACGUAAUGGACGUGGCAACGUUUGGAUCGACGACGGCUGCAAAAGCCAUAAUCGAAAAUCACUACGUCGAUGACUACUUCGACAGCGCGGACACAAUCGAAGAAGCAGUGGAACGAGCAAAAGAUGUGCGUUACGUCCAUUCCAAGGGUGGUUUCGAGCUACGAAACUGGGUCUCCAACUCCGACGAGUUUUUAGUAGCCUUGGGAGAACGAAAAGCCAAUCAGGAUGAGCGUAGUACCGGAUCGGAGCAAGAGAGUUCAGAAGAGGAGGAAGAAGGUGGCGAAAGCGGACAAGAGAGUUCGGCAAAUUCCGAGAAAGAUGAAAGGAAAAAACGAUCGUCUCGAAAAGUUGAUCAUUCGAAACGGGGCGAACAUCGUGAGCCGACUAAAGCACAGUUGUCCGCUCGGCAGUUUUUGUCCAGGAAGUUACCUACGUUUUCCGGAAAUCUGGAGGAAUGGCCGAUGUUUAUCAGCAGUUAUGAGACGUCGACGGAGGCGUGCGGCUUUUCCAAUGUCGAAAACCUGGGGCGACUUCAAGAGUGCCUAAAGGGUGAAGCGCUAGAAGCGGUGAAAGGCAGACUGCUUUUGCCGAAAUCAGUUCCGAACAUCAUUGAGACCCUACGUAUGCUGUAUGGACGACCAGAGCGCCUACUGAACAUGCUGCUAGCGAAGGUUCGCAACACAGCACCGCCGAAGGCUGAUCGGUUGGUAACUUUCAUAGGGUUCGGAGUGGUAGUCCAACAACUUGCCGAUCAUUUGGAAGCUACCGGACUAACUACGCAUCUGUUGAAUCCGAUGCUCAUUCAAGAGCUAACCGAAAAGCUACCCGCAGGAACACAGCUGGAUUGGGUGCGGUACAGAAGAAGAAGCAAGGUGGUUACACUGCGAACGUUAUCGAAUUUUCUUACGAGUAUCGUACAAGACGCAAGUGAAAUCGUGGCAUACGGAGAAUCAUCCGGAGCUGCGGAAUAUGGAUCUAGAAAGAGCAAAACGAAGACCAGAACGAAUAAAGGAUUUGUGCAUGCACACGACGCAUUGGAAAGUAGACACUCAGGUCUAUCAGUGAAGGAGAGAAUACCGUGUAGAAUCUGUGGUGGACUGAAUCACCGAAUUAGAAACUGUGACAAGUUUGGAAAACUGUCUCUCGUCGAACGCUGGGAAGCUGUCCGUAAAUGGCAGCUGUGUCAACUGUGCUUGAACGAACACGGAGCGGCUAACUGUAAGCUUAGUUUCCGUUGCGACAUCGAAGGAUGUAAAGAUCGUCACAAUCCUCUGCUACACGCGGUGAGAUCGUCUACCGGUUCAAACUGCAACAUCCAUUCUAGUCAACCGAAGUCUUCCGUAAUCUUUCGAAUGAUUCCUGUUACGUUGUACUGCGGAAAGUUUGCAGUAGAUACGAUCGCGUUCCUGGAUGAAGGCUCGUCGUACACUCUGGUGGAAAAGGAGUUGGUCUGUCGGUUGGGAAUUAAUGGUGCAACGCAACCGCUACGCGUGACAUGGACUGCAGGAGUCUCCCGACUUGAAAAAGAUUCACAGUGCGUGAAUUUCCGCAUCUCUGCGAAAGGAUCAGCUCAGCGUUUUCUGAUAAAAGGCGCUCACACGGUAGAAAGCUUAAAGCUUCCGACGCAUUCCCUACCUCUGUCCGAAAUCGUGAAACAGUACGAUCAUCUACGAGGUUUGCCGAUUGCUGAUAUUCGUUCAGCUACUCCACGGAUUUUGAUCGGGCUAAAGGAUAUACACCUGUACGCGCCGAUAGAAUCCAAAAUUGGUCGGCCAGAAGAGCCGAUAGCGGUCAGAUCGAAGCUAGGCUGGACUAUUUACGGUCCGAUGGAAGCAGUCACGACAAGUAGCGGAAUUGUCGGCCAUCAUACGUGCAGCACCGUUACGAACCAGGAGCUCCACGAUCUGCUUAAGAGCUACUAUACGCUAGAGGAGUCUGGUAUAUCGGUGGCCUUGCUUCCCGAACCAGAAGAAGACAGGAGAGCGAAGGAUAUACUAAAAAAGACAACAAAAAGGAUUGGAGAUUGCUUCGAAACAGGUCUGUUGUGGAAGGAAGAUAAUCCCGAAUUCCCCGAUAGCUAUCUUAUGGCUGUCAAGCGUUUAAAAUGUUUGGAGAAUCGUCUGAGUAAAAAUCCAGAGUUGUACGAUAAAGUACGUAGAACGAUCGCUGACUACUUGGCUAAAGGGUACGCCCACAAGGCGACAUCGUCAGAGCUAGCGGCAUUUGAUAGCAACAAAGUGUGGCAUGUGCCGCUGAAUUUCGUUUACAAUCCAAAGAAGGAGAAGUUUCGCCUAGUAUGGGAUGCAAGAGCAGAAGUUAGAGGAGUUUCGCUAAACUCAAAGCUAUUGAAGGGACCAGAUAUGCUAACCGCCCUACCAGCUGUUAUAUCUAAGUUCCGAGAGCGGGAAAUCGGUUUUGGCGCGGACAUCAAGGAGAUGCACCACCAGUUACGGAUUCGAGAUGAAGAUAAGCGAGUACAAAGAUUCCUGUUCCGGAACGAUUCGUCCGCGAAGCCGGAUGUUUACGUAAUGGACGUGGCAACGUUUGGAUCGACGACGGCUGCAAAAGCCAUAAUCGAAAAUCACUACGUCGAUGACUACUUCGACAGCGCGGACACAAUCGAAGAAGCAGUGGAACGAGCAAAAGAUGUGCGUUACGUCCAUUCCAAGGGUGGUUUCGAGCUACGAAACUGGGUCUCCAACUCCGACGAGUUUUUAGUAGCCUUGGGAGAACGAAAAGCCAAUCAGUGCGUACGCUUUAGUGAAGAUAAGGAAUCCGGAUCCGAGCGAGUACUAGGGAUCGUAUGGAGUCCCGCUAGCGAUGAAUUUUCGUUUUCCACCACUUUGAGAGGCGAUCUAACACCAUUUCUAUCCGGUGAGCGAUUACCAACGAAAAGAAUCGUGAUGAGUUGCGUGAUGAGCUUCUUUGACCCGUUAGGACUGUUGUCGAACUUUACGUUUUAUGGCAAAUUACUGAUUCAAGAUCUAUGGCGCAGCGGAUGCGAGUGGGAUCAGCAAAUCGAUAGCGAUUGUGCAGAAAAGUGGGAAAACUGGAUCAGACGGCUUCCGGAUGUUGAAACCGUGCGAAUUCCUCGCUAUUUCUUUCGUAGGAGCUGUUCAGUAGACUACGGCAGCCUGCAGUUGCAUACGUUCACCGACGCGAGUCAAGACGCGUACGGGACAGCUGUGUAUCUCCGGGUAGAGACGACCGAAGGACCAAUAUGUUCGCUUGUGAUGUCGAAGUCAAAGGUUUCACCACUACAGCACAUGUCAAUUCCCCGUUUGGAGCUCCAAGCAGCUGUGUUAGGUGCAAGACUUGCCAACUCUGUCUCCGAUGUUCUUUCGCUUGAAGUGAAACGACGAUUCAUGUGGUCCGAUUCGAAAACGGUGUUGUCAUGGAUACACUCCGACCAUCGCCGAUACAAGCAAUUCGUGGCAUUCAGGAUCGGUGAAAUACACAGUCUGACGAAGCUCACUGAUUGGAGAUGGGUGCCAACGAAAUGCAACGUUGCCGACGCUUUGACAAAGUGGGGAAAAACGCACAGCCUUUGUUCUGACGGAUCUUGGUUUCGCGGUCCUGAAUUCCUUCGUCUAUCGGAGGAUCGUUGGCCAAAGCAAAUAGAAUUGAAACCGAAUGUAGCCGAAGAAGUACGAGCCUGUUUCCUAUUUCACGAGGUUAGAACGAUUGAAUCGAUGGUGGAGCCGCAGCGGUUCUCGAAGUGGAGGGUUUUAGUUCGAACGCUGGCGUGUGUCUUCAGAUUCAUCACGAAUUGCAAGCUGAAGAGAAAGGGAUUGCCGAUAGAAGCGGUUCCGACUAGCGCGGUGUUCGAGAAAGUUGUAAAAAAAGGCGCGCGAUCGAAGAUUGUACCGUUGAAGCGCGAAGAGUACCAAAAGGCAGAGGCGUAUCUUUGGAGGUCGGCUCAGGCUGAUUGCUUUGAAGACGAAGUCAGGACGUUGAAGAAGAACCGACAUCUAUCGAUUGAACAGUAUCACCAACUGGAAAGGGCCAGUAGUAUUUACGGUUUGAGCCCGUUUUUGGACGCCGAGGACGUGCUACGUAUGGAGGGUAGAGCAGCACGAGGAUCGUCGCUGCCAUUCGAACUAAAGUUUCCGAUUAUUCUACCGAAGAAGCAUCCGGUCACUGAUAAGCUGCUUGAUUAUUAUCAUCAACAAGUAGCUCACGGGAACGCGGAGACUGCCGUAAACGUGAUACGCCAACGUUUCUACAUUCAGGGACUGCGCGCAGAGCUGAAACGUAUCGCAAGGGACUGUGUGUGGUGCAAGGUGCACAAAUGUCGACCGUCGACCCCCAGAAUGGCUCCACUUCCGGAAUCGCGUGUUACGCCGAAUCUUCCGGCAUUCAGUCAUACCGGCGUAGAUUAUUGCGGGCCUUUGACAGUAACUGUUGGCCGAAGAUCUGAAAACGAUUCAUCUGUCUAUUUACGUGUAUGA